AAGAUCCCUGCCUGGGCUGGCUCUGCUAAGCAAAGUGGGCAGCUCAGUACUUGAAAGAGGACUGUGCUCACUCGAUCGCACUAGAUAUCAGUAAGUGGGUAACUGUAUGGAUUAAGGAAGGAUGAGUGUCCCUGGGUCAUGGGGUAGACUUGAAAAUGUUGCUUGGUUCUAAGGGAAACUCGCAAGGCUGCUGGUUCUGUGUGCUUUCUGUGUCUUGUGGAGACUAGAAGAUUAAGCACAAAAAUCAGAACUCCAAAUGGCAACUUCUACAGAGUAGAAUCUUCCUCCUGACCCUCUUCCCUGGAAGUGUGCUACUGAAUCAGACAGCUGGGAUUAAGUGGGAAAAGUGAAACGUAAUAUUAACAGAAAUUGCUACUUCUUAGUGUGUUCUGUAUGUGCUGACAUUGUUAUAUCUAUUAGCAGUGAAUGUCAGGAAAGUCCGAGCCAGGGCGUAAGUGGGCAAGUUGAGCUUUUAUGACCAGGAGACAUAGUCUAUAUGUAAGGGAUUAAAUACAAAAUGUAUGUUAUAAAUAAUAGAUAGGUUUCUAAAAAAUCAUUAAAGAGAGCAGCAGCCAGGAAGCAUUAAAGUGCAUGAUACAAAUUAGAAAAAGAAAAUAUCAUAUCCAUGGCUCAAAAAUUUCAGGAUGUUUACAAAGUCAGAACAGUGAUUCAAGAAUACUUCAAUUAUUGUUGUACAUUAUUAAUACUGUUGCCGGGCAAGAUCUGUGGUUCUCUGGUCAGCAAGUUCUGGCAAUGAAGCCACUGCCGCUGGUGCAAAGAAUUCUGGGAUGUCUGACAGUGAAAUGGAUGGAAGGACUCACAUUCCAUCUCUACUUAAUGCCCUUUUGUCCAGAAAUCGGGUCAUGCAGAUGAGCUACUUGAAAAGUAAAGAACAAGGCUAUGGAAAGCUAAGCAGUGAUGAAGACCUCGAAAUAAUUGUUGAUCAGAAGCAGGGAAAAGGCUCUAGGGCUGCAGAUAAGGCUGUUGCCAUGGUGAUGAAGGAGAUACCGAGGGAGGAGUCUGCAGAAGAAAAGCCCCUCCUUACUGUGACAUCACAGCUGGUGAAUGAGCAACAAGAAAGCAGACCCCUCCUGAGCCCCUCCAUCGACGACUUCCUCUGCGAAACCAAAGCUGAGGCCAUUGCAAAGCCAGUGACGUCCAACACAGCUGUGUUGACCACUGGCUUGGAUCUCCUUGACCUGAGUGAACCCAUCUCUCAAACCCAAACCAAAGCCAAGAAAUCUGAGUCCUCAUCAAAGAGCUCAUCCCUCAAGAAGAAAGCUGACGGCUCUGACCUCAUCAGUGCAGAUGCUGAGCAGAGAGCACAGGCUCUCCGAGGGCCGGAGACAUCAUCGUUAGACUUAGUAGAUAUUCAAACACAACUGGAAAAAUGGGAUGAUGUCAAGUUUCACGGUGACCGAACAAGCAAGGGGCAUCUCAUGGCAGAGAGGAAAUCAUGCUCUUCUAGAACCGGAUCCAAAGAGCUUCUGUGGUCCUCAGAACAUAGAUCUCAGCCAGAGCUGAGUACCGGGAAAAGUGCCCUCAACUCCGAGUCGGCUUCCGAGUUGGAACUUGUGGCUCCAGCACAGGCUCGGCUGACCAAAGAGCAUCGCUGGGGGAGCGCUCUGCUCUCCAGGAACCAUUCCUUAGAAGAGGAGUUUGAAAGGGCAAAAGCGGCAGUAGAGUCAGAUACGGAGUUCUGGGAUAAGAUGCAGGCAGAAUGGGAAGAAAUGGCCCGGAGGAACUGGAUAUCCGAGAAUCAGGAAGCUCAGAACCAAGUCACUGUCUCGGCCAGUGAGAAGGGAUAUUACUUUCACACUGAAAAUCCCUUCAAGGACUGGCCUGGAGCAUUUGAAGAAGGCUUAAAAAGACUGAAGGAAGGGGACCUGCCUGUCACCAUCCUGUUCAUGGAAGCUGCAAUUCUUCAGGACCCUGGAGACGCUGAGGCAUGGCAGUUUCUUGGUAUAACCCAGGCAGAGAAUGAAAACGAGCAGGCAGCUAUUGUCGCCCUCCAGAGAUGCCUGGAGUUGCAGCCCAACAACUUGAAGGCUCUGAUGGCCUUGGCUGUGAGUUACACCAAUACCAGCCAUCAGCAGGAUGCUUGUGAGGCACUGAAGAACUGGAUUAAGCAAAACCCAAAGUACAAGUACCUUGUGAAGAACAAGAAAGGCUCUCCAGGCCUCACACGGCGGAUGUCUAAGUCCCCAGUUGACAGCUCUGUUCUGGAAGGAGUGAAGGAAUUAUACCUGGAAGCUGCCCACCAAAAUGGUGACAUGAUUGACCCAGACCUGCAGACAGGUCUUGGAGUUCUGUUCCACCUGAGUGGAGAGUUCAACAGAGCAAUCGAUGCAUUUAAUGCUGCCUUAACCGUUCGGCCAGAGGAUUACUCAUUGUGGAACCGUCUUGGAGCAACCUUGGCAAAUGGAGACCGCAGUGAGGAAGCUGUAGAGGCCUACACGAGAGCACUGGAAAUCCAGCCAGGUUUCAUCCGGUCUAGAUACAACCUGGGGAUCAGCUGCAUCAACCUGGGUGCCUACAGAGAAGCGGUCAGCAACUUUCUCACUGCCCUCAGCUUGCAGAGGAAGAGCAGGAACCAGCAGCAAGUCCCUCACCCUGCCAUCUCCGGGAACAUCUGGGCUGCCCUCAGGAUUGCCCUGUCGCUGAUGGACCAGCCAGAGCUCUUCCAGGCCGCUAACCUUGGUGACUUGGAUGUCCUCCUAAGAGCUUUCAACUUGGAUCCUUGAAGGAAAAGAAAAAAAAAUAAUAAUAAUAAAGGAUAAUAACGCCUCUUCUGUGUUAUUAUACUAAAAAGGGACAAAACUAUUUUAUUAUGAAUUUCCAAACCAGAAAUUUUUUUAAAGGAUAAAGCUGAGAGUCAAAAGGCCAUGGUCAUAUGACCCAAGGGAAUUGAUUCCUACAGAUCCAGUCUCUGUUCAGACCCCAAAGCACAAAGUGAAGGUCGUGUUCAAGAGAAGAACUGAGAUUCUCAGGACAAACCAAGAUAAGGUAACUACGUUCUCUCCAAAGUGCAAGUGCAUGUCGGGUUAUGCUGUUCUUGUCCCAGCUGGUGGCGCAUCUGACGGACAGUCUUGGGACAUAGCAUGACAAUUUGUCCACAGUCUGUGAACUCAGGCUGUCUCUGUUUCCCCCUUUUGCAAGACUGAACAUAGUCUGGGCCAUUGGCAAAUGGACACAUUCAGCCUGACUGAAGGCAGCCAUUGCUUCCCUCUCACCCAUUCUAAUUUUGACUGUAAGCCUUUGUUUUCAGAGAAAGAGAGCUUUGCUGGCAAAAGCAAUUUUUGCACUAGAAGUUUUUGCUGUUCCCAAUGAAAUCCUUUCUAGGAUUGUACAUAAGCACUUUAAUAUCUUAUUUAUGCCUUGCUGGGCUUCUACCUUGCUGCUCCAGUUUCUAACUUGGGAGGUAGGGGAGGGGAGGAUAAACGAUUUGAGAACUCAGAGUUGUUAGUUCAGUGGACCAAAUAAAAAAAUUAUAAGAAUAGUUUUUCUUAACAUAGGA